GAUAUGAAUGUAGGAUGUGAUGUAUAUUGUUGUUGUCUGAGAGCAAGUUGUGUUCUCCACUUCUCGAGUUUCCCCAGUGUGUCCGUGAUCCAUGCGUAGGCCUGUUCUAAAUGGCAAACAGUGAUUUCUUACUUCAGUUCCAAGAAUUUGAUGAGGAUGGGAAACUCCCCAUCACCGGCAGCAGGGAUUCCACAUCUGUGGACAUGGAUGGCAUCAUGAACUCUCAAAAACAAAGCAAGAGCUCAAGACCCACUGCUCAAGGUUUCAACGAUGAUGAUCUGGAUACUGAUGAUGCCAAAGCCGAGCUUCUUCCCAAUGAAAAGAAAAGCUUGCCAUUCUGGACAUUUGAAUACUACCAAACAUUUUUCAAUGUGGACACUCAAGAGGUCAAGAGCAGAAUAUUAGGAUCAAUAUUGCCAUGGCGUGGAAAAAACUUUGUCUCCCUACACAUACGCAGUAACCCGGAUCUCUAUGGACCCUUUUGGAUAUGUGCAACUCUUGUGUUUGCAAUCGCCAUAAGUGGGAACAUAUCCACCUUCCUGGUACAACGUGGUGAUCCACACUAUAAAUAUGUGCCCGAGUUUCGAAAGGUCACUAUGGCAGCUACUGCCAUCUAUAGCUAUGCCUGGCUUGUUCCACUGGCUCUCUGGGGUUUCCUGACAUGGCGCAGCAGCAAGGUUAUGAGCUCCGUCUCAUACUCAUUCCUGGAGAUUGUCUGUGUCUACGGCUAUUCACUGUCAAUCUACAUACCAGCUGUGGUGCUGUGGAUCAUCCCAAGUGAAGGGGUGAGGUGGUUUUCCAUUGUCGCUGCUCUCUGUCUCUCGGGAUCGGUUCUGGUGAUGACCUUUUGGCCCACCAUUCGAGAGGACCGUCCUAGGGUUGCCGUUGCCAUUGUCAUGACGAUCGUGGCUCUGCAUGUCCUCCUAGCUGUCGGCUGCAAGGCAUAUUUCUUCAGCACACGGGAGCAUGAAAACCCUUACCCUACUGCUGCUGCUGGCUUAAGGCAUGUUGGAGAAGCUCAAGGAGUGCCAUCACUGAAGACAAAUCCUACAUAAGAACAAUAAGUUUGGUUUAAAAGGUUCUCCUGUUGCCUUAUUAGUAAGAAUCAGGUUGCCUUGGCGAUGAAGUCAUUUUCGUCUGGAUUUCGUGCUGUUGAGCAUUGUCUAAACAGCCAUUAUCUGAGUGGGGUGCUGGUAAGACUGCAUUUGUGUCGACAUGGUUAACACAAGCACCAAAUUCUCAAUUGUCUUGCGACAAGGUUUUUGUUACUGAACAACCUAUUUUACAUUGGGGUGUGUAAUUAUGUAUAUAGCUGGGGUUUCAAAUAUUUAUGUGAUGGGUGCUCCUGGUGCUGGAGGACAUUCCAUGUAGGCUUAGCCAGUUCACUCCUUUGAACUGAUCACUUGGCUUGAUCAUGAUACUGUUGCCUAAUGUAAAACCACAUUUAUUCUGGGGAUUUGUAAAAGUAAAAUAACAUUUUAAAUUCAACCAUGUACAUGAACUGGGCUGUAACGAUCAUGUGGGUAGAUGUUAAGGACAACAUUCAUUGUGUCAACAAUGUCUGCAACUUUACUACUGAUUUUUGAAUUCUAUGUUAUUUGGUUUUCCUGCUGGUACUUGCCAUGUAUCAUUCAAUGAAGAUGUACAGUUUUUUAACAUUAAAUUUACCUUUUUUCUACUCUAUAGUUAAUUACACUA